CAGUGCAGUGCAGUGCAGAGUUCAGGUCAGUCCUGGAGCACAGCAGGAGCAGAACUGACAGCACAGAGGAACAGCGACAUGCCUGGGCUUCAGGAUACUCCUCUGGUGGCAAUACACCAGGGUAAGAGGUGUCCAAAAUGUGGAGAGGUAGUAUUGGAGUCCCAAGAGCAAGGUGCUCUGUUGGGGUGUCAGUGCUACUCAGUGGAAGAAGAAUCAGUACCUCAUGGAGCUGUUGGUGAAAAAGUUAAUGAAGGCCAUGACAAACUGCACUGGACUACAGGUCGUCUGGGGGACAUUGACUUCUUGGGAUCCAGCAGAACCAGGGGCAAGUUUGCCAGGGUUUCUAGUUCGACGGACCCAGACCUGAUCUACCAGCUGCUGACGGAGCAGUGGGGACUUGCUCCUCCUCAUCUAGUUGUGGCGUUAGUGGGUGGCGAUGAGCUGGCUCAGAUGAAGCCCUGGCUCAGAGACACAGUGAGGAAAGGCUUAGUGAAAGCUACCCAGAGCACAGGAGCAUGGAUCCUGACCAGUGGCCUGAGGUUUGGCAUCACUAAGCAUCUUGGCCAGGCUGUGAGGGACCACUCUCUGGCCAGCACCUCCUCGAAGGUCCGUGUGGUGGCUAUUGGAAUCGCUCCUUGGACCAUGAUCCAUAACAGAGACCUGCUGCUCUCUGCGAAGACUGAUCAACCAGCAGCGUACUCCACAGAGGACCUCCCCCAUGGCGCUGUGUACUCGCUGGACAGCAACCACUCACAUUUCAUCCUCAUAGAGGAGGACCCACAGAGGCAUGGAGCCACAGGCGACAUGCGAGUCAAACUACUCAAGCACAUCUCUCUCCAGCGCACUGGCUACGGAGGCCCUGGAAGCUUUGAGAUCCCUGUCCUGUGUCUACUUGUUCAUGGGGAACCAAAGAUACUGCAGAGAAUGUACAAGACCAUCCAGAAUGCGACGCCCUGGCUGAUCCUGGCUGGUUCAGGUGGUGUAGCAGAUAUUUUAGUUACGCUGAUAUACAGAGGAUGUUGGGAGGCUGAGAUGGUCCAAGAGCUGCUGCUGGACACGUUCAGCGGACUCCACAGCACUGAUGUUACCUCCUGGGUCAAAGUGAUUCAGAGAGUUUUGGACCAUGGUCACCUGUUGACAGUGCAUGACCCAGAGCAGGAGACCUCUGAGCUAGACACUGUUAUACUCAAAGCACUGGUUAAAGCCUGUAAAAGUCAGAGUCAGGAGGCGCAGGACUUUCUGGAUGAGCUGAAACUAGCCGUGGCCUGGAACAGAGUGGACAUAGCAAAAAGCGAGAUUUUCAAUGGAGAUGUGGAGUGGAGUGCACAAGACCUUGAAGAGAUCAUGAUGGAUGCUUUGGUCAAUGACAAACCAGAUUUUGUGCGUCUGUUUGUGGAGAAUGGGGUGAACCUGGGUGAGUUUCUGACGUAUGGCCGUCUUCAGGAGCUGUACAGCUCUGUGUCUGAGAAGAGCCUGCUCUUUGACCUCCUCCUGAAGAAACACCAGGAGAAACAGGUCCUGCUGGCCUCAGCUCGGACCCCUGGCCUGCCCUACAUGGAGAUCGGAGACAGACGGCCUCGCUUCACUCUGCAUGAGGUCUCCAAGGUCCUGAAGGACUUUCUGCAUGACUCCUGCAAGGGCUUCUAUCAGAAACUUCCAGCAGAGAGGGUCAGCAAGGGUCGGCUCUUCCACAGCCAGAAAGACCUACCGGACCUGGAUCAGGUCUGCGAGAACCCCUGGAGAGACCUCUUCCUCUGGGCCGUCCUGCAGAACAGACAGAAAAUGGCAAACUACUUCUGGGCCAUGGGUCCAGAGGCAGUGGCUGCAGCUCUUGCUGGCUGUAAGAUCCUGAAAGAGAUGGCUCAUCUGGAGUCAGAGGCCGAGUCUGCCCGCAGCAUGAAAGAAGCCAAGUAUGAGCAGUUCGCUUUGGAUCUGUUCAGUGAGUGCUACUCCAACAGCGAGGACCGAGCCUAUGCCCUGCUGGUGCGGAAAACUCAUUGCUGGAGUAAAUCCACCGUGCUGAACCUGGCCACCGAGGCAGACGCCAAGUGCUUCUUCGCCCAUGAUGGAGUCCAGGCUUUGCUGACUAAAAUCUGGUGGGGAUCCAUGACAACAGACACAGCCAUCUCUAAACUAGUCCUGUCUUUCUUCUGUCCUGCUCUAAUAUGGACCAAUCUGAUUAAAUUCAGUGAUGAGAUACUGCAGAGUCGUGGAGGAGGGGAGCAGUUUGCAGAGUUGGACAGUUUGGAAACGGAGAAAGCCCUGCUUCUUAGUGACGAGGACCCAGCUGACUCAGAAGCAGCUGGUAACCCUGCAGACCAGAGCUGUAGUCAGGCCUGGAGUCAGUUCCUCCUGCGUCGCUGGAAACGUUUCUGGAGUGCCCCGGUCACUGUGUUCCUGGGAAACGUCAUCAUGUACUUUGCCUUCCUGGUCCUCUUCACUUACGUGCUCUUGCUGGACUUCCAGCCGCCACCUCCAAAAGGCCCCUCCAUAGCUGAGAUCAUUCUCUACUUCUGGGUCUUCACGCUGGUGCUGGAGGAGAUAAGACAGAGUUUCUUCACAGAUGAAGACAUGAACAUUCUGAAGAAAUUUAAGCUGUAUGUGGAGGAUAACUGGAACAAAUGUGACAUGGUGGCAAUAUCUCUCUUCGUGGUCGGGGUAUUGUGCAGGAUGAUGGAAAACACAUAUGAAGCUGGACGCACAGUCCUGGCUUUGGACUUCAUGGUUUUCACUUUAAGGCUCAUCCACAUCUUCGCCAUCCACAAACAACUUGGGCCCAAGAUCAUUAUUGUGGAGAGAAUGAUGAAGGACGUAUUCUUCUUCCUGUUCUUCCUGAGUGUGUGGCUGAUUGCGUAUGGAGUGGCAACCCAGGCUCUGCUGCACCCCAAUGACCCGCGUCUGGACUGGGUUUUCCGCAGAGUGCUCUAUCGGCCAUACCUCCACAUAUUUGGCCAGAUCCCCCUGGAGGAGAUAGAUGCUGCCAAAAUGCAGGCUGAUAACUGUACCAUGAACCUGCAGGAGAUCAUUACAGGCACUCUACCACCCUGCCCAAACAUCUAUGCCAACUGGCUGGUCAUCUUGUUGCUAGUCAUAUAUUUGCUGGUCACUAAUGUCCUGCUGCUGAACCUGCUCAUUGCCAUGUUCAGCUACACAUUCCAGGUUGUACAGGGGAACACGGAUAUCUUCUGGAAGUUUCAGCGGUACAAUCUGAUAGUUGAAUACCACAGCCGGCCUGCCCUGGCACCUCCCUUCAUAAUCAUCAGCCAUCUUUCCCAGCUCUUCCUCAGCCUCAUCAAAAAGACAGAGUCCAAACUAGAGCACCUCGAGAGGGAGCUGCCAGCAGGGCUGGACCAGAAGCUGAUGACCUGGGAGACCGUUCAGAAGGAGAGCUAUCUGGCCAAACUGGAGAGGCGUCACCUGGAGAGCAGUGAGGAGAGACUUAGGAGCACAUCCUCCAAAGUGCAGAGCUUGUUGAAAAUUGUGGGAGGAUUUAAAGAGCAAGAAAAACGCUUGGCAUCUAUGGAGACUGAGGUGAGGUAUUGUGGAGAGGUGCUGACCUGGAUUGCUGAAUGCUUUGACAAGAGCACUCUAAAGUGUGACAGAGAUGCUCCCAGAGCUCCACGCACCAAGAGCAGCUGCGACAGUGGCAGCAGCUGCAGCAGCCCGAGUGUUCCUCAGCCAAGCACACCAAAGAAAGAGGAGUCAGAAGGACAUCCAGGAUACGGAGCGAACAAGAAACUGCCUUACAUUGAUGAGUGAAAGAGGCAGCACAUACGCCACACUGCUCUCAGUUGAGCAGAUACAGUGAUUCUUACUAAUACGUUUACUUUAAAUGGUAUCUUUACUGAAGGAUGCUUUACAGUAAGUUUAAUAGUAACAAUAUAUAGAAAUAGACACUGCAAAAAAUAAAAUAAAAUACUGGCAAAUGAAAGAAUUUUAUUUAUUUUUAUAUAUAUAAGCAAUGUAUAGUUGUGUACAAAAGUUUGGGCACCACUGGUCAAAUUAUGCUUUGUUGAUUUAAGUGGAAGUAAGACAUACAUUUUCUACAGACAACACAGUUCUGCACGUUUUAAUGCACAAUUACUGUUUAUUUGUUGAAUUUGUAAAAAAAUGGAAUAAAAAAAAAAUAUGGGUUGUGCAUCAAGUUAUGGCACAUUUUAUAUUUCAUGUGUCAUUUAUUUUCCAAUAUGUUAUAUUAGCAAAUAAAUAGAAAUUGCCCAGUAAAUGUGCAGAAAAAGGUUUAAUAAAAUAAUGUUUCAAGACGUUACCUGCCAGUGCAAUAAGACCAGUCUUAUAAUGAGAAAUAUUAGAUAUAUUGCCUACUUUUAAGAUGCUCUGAGUUGCAUAAAAUUUUUGCAGUAUAGAUGGGUAGAAGUGUAGUUUACAAGAAAAGACCUAGUAUGCAAAAUCAUAACAGAAACAGCACUUGUUAUUAAAGUUAUUAUGAAACCUGUCACUAUUAAGAAUGAAAUUCCAUUCAUCCAAAAUUACAACGUAAAAAUGUUCUAUCAAAAAAAAGCACUGCCUUUUAUGCCUGUCUGUUUUUUUUCACUUUUCUAAAUCACAUAUUUAAAGCCAUGUAAUUAUUUAUUGCUGUACUUUAUACUACAUAUAUAGAAUCUACUCUGUUUUUGAUUCUUAAGCUUUAUUGUCUGGUAUAUCAAUGGAUUAAAAUGACUAAUAAUAUAAACAUUUUUUUAUUUAUUUUUGUUUCAUUUCUUGAAGCAUCUAGUCUUACAAAAAGAUAUUCUGGCUUAGGUGUCACGAAGUACAACAAACCAACUUGCCAUGGUUGAGCCUCUAGCUCACACUUCCUCCUUCAAACUUCCCUGUUUUAAGUUCUAUAAAUGACUUUUGUAAAUGAUUCUGAAAAGUGUUCUGACUUAUCCUGACCUCCAAGCAGACUUCGAAAUCCAAGAGUGCUUUGCUGUUCUUAGCAUGUCCAUCCGGAUCCACUUUUAAGCACUGAUUAUUCAUUAUCAAGGAAUGGCCAAUACAGUGUCCUCUAAGUUAAUAAAUCAGUAACCUGGGGAAGUGAGAGAAAAAGGAGGAAAAACACCAUGACAGAAAAGGACUCCAUGAGUUUGCUUACAACACUGCCUGAGAAAGACACAAGCUGCAGAGUUAGGAUAAUGAGUCUUUGAAUAAACUACUGAAAAGAGAACAUGUGAACUUUGAGGAUCACCUUGAGGCGUCCCUGCCCUUCUACUAAAACUCACUCAUCGCUGACUGCUGCUUUUUGUUUAGUUAAUCAGUAAACAGAUGCACACUAUACAGUGUGGGUAGGAAGUUGGUGCACCACAGGAAGUUGACAAAGUGCAGCUUGCUCACCUGUCCACUUUCCACUUUUUCACAACAAACUCAAGUCCCAGAAAACUCCAAAUAUGACAA